CUCAGUGACUGAGUGACCAGGACAUAGGCUGAGGUCAGGAUGCAGACAGCACGACUCGGGGUAGUUGCUCUUUGCUGCUGUGUGUGUGUGGUUACAGCACAGUUCACCAUCACUGUACCAGAGAAUCCCAUUACAGCAGCAGCCGGAGGUACGGCUGUGUUUACAGUGAAACCGUCUGGUGUGGUGAGGAGCGGGAGCUGGAGUUUCGAUGGCAGGAAUGUACUUCAGUGGAUCGGGGAUAGAGUAGAUGUAAACACUAAUUACCAAGGCCGGGCUGAGUUAUCUCUCCCCGACGUGUCUCUUCGGCUGAAAUCAGUGACAGUGACCGACAGUGGAAAUUACACUGUGAGUUUGACCCCAGUCUCUGUCGAUUCAAAAUCAGCGACAGUCACCCUGAAGGUGGAGGAGAAAAUCACCAGCGUCACCGUAACACAGAACAUUCCCAACCCGAUAGAAUACACUGACAAUGUGACACUGACAUGUGAUGUUAAAGGCACUGUUGAGUCACGGUUGUGGUUUAAGGAUGAGAGAGCUCUCCACAGCAAUGACAGGAUCACAAUCUCCCAGGAUAAUGCCACCCUGACCAUCAUCAGUGUGACUAGAAAUGAUGGUGGGACGUAUCGGUGUGAGGCAAAGAACAGCUUUAGCUCUCAGUCCGGCAGCUACACACUGAGCAUUGCGUGUCAGUACUCAGCCGCCUCUCAGAAUAAGGCUUCAAUCUUAUGCUUUACGUUCAGGGUAAUAAAGAAGCCGUUCUUGCGUCUGUUGCAGAUGGACCAGACACCCCUGAGCUUACAAUCACUGGACACACUCAGCAGAACUUGGAGACUCUCUAACAUUGUCUUGUUCUGCUCAGUCAAACCCAGAAGCUCAGUAUCAAUGGAUAUAUAA